CGUCGCCUCCACUCACGUCCAUCCGUAUUGGGGAGGGGUAGGGGGAGACAGCUUCUAAAUGCAGGGACUCCCCCUUUAAUAACAUGGUAACCCCCUCCAACCCUCCCACAGAUUCCCUAUUCCCCCCCCCCCUCCAUAUUUCUUCAGGGGCUUCCUCUGCACACACUCGCUUCCAAGGCUAGCUCCAUCUGGAUCUUUAUUUUCUUCCUUCUCCCCAUUCCCUUCUUGCUUUCCACUUGAGCAUAGUUGAUUUUUCUCUUCUCAUCUGACAGUUUAUCUCCUCUUUGGGAGGUGGGGGGGUGGGGAACAUAAUCAGAUCUGUGUCUUUUUCCAGUCUCAUUUCACCCCCCUCCACUCCAUCCCUGGCAAGUAGCUUUAUUAUAUAUAUAUAUAUAUAUAUAUAUAUAUAUAUAUGUAUUAUUUAUUUCUCUAAAUCUUGCAAUAUUUAAUUAUUCCUCCAUUUUGUGGUGAGGGAGGUCCACAGCCUUCCUUCUUUUUUCGGUGAGGGUUUUCCCCCACCCACCCACGCAGAUCUCUGGCUUUGGAUGUGCUCCUUCUGUGAUAUUUUCCUGCUGAUCCAUGCUCAAUUGUAUCGCCACCUGAGGUCUCCUGUCUCCUACCAUUUCCAUUAUUUCUGAUUUCAUCCCCACCAUCACCACCUUUUCUUUCUCAUAUUGCAUUUCAUCUUCCAGCUGACACUUAGCUCCUGGAUUUCCACUUGGACUCCUUCUUCCUCCUCCUUCUCUCCCCAUACACAUCUAGGUUUCAUGCAAUCCCCACUUGAUUUCCCCAUUUGAAAUCUUCCUCUCUUCCUUUGCCUUUGGCUAGGCAUUCCCUCACCCCACCCCACCAGUACCUUCUUUUUCUUCACCCCACCCCUCAUGCUGACACAUUUCAGCCUUUCCUCUUUGCUCUCCAUCCUCCUUCUCAUUCUGUUCCCAGUGGCUAUUUGUUUUUUUGCUACUACUACACAAACCCAUCUCAAGCUUCCUACCCUGGGUUGUGUUUUUCCUCCCCAGCACAACCAGUGGAAUUCCCAACUGAGAUUUCUUCCCGUUUAUGCGCUCGCUCGAGGCUUGGGUGUGUCUGUUAUCUUACCCUGCUUUUCUAGAAGCGUGUGCCUCAUUUUUAUUUUCCUCUGCUGGUUCAAGAAUAGAACACAUGGUUAUUCCCUUCUUCUUUGUACCAUGAGGUCUUCUUCAGCAGCUCUGCUGCCUCUCCUCCACCCUUUGAAGAAGCUGCCCAGUUUUUGCGAACACCCAGCUAUCCUCUGAACUGCCCCCGCUCCUGGUGAGCCCAUGUGGGCAUUAGUAGGAAAAAGACCAGAAGCCAGAAGGUUGACUGUUACUACCAAUGCCUGAAGCCAGAACAUUACAGACCCUCCAUUCACUUGUGGCCUGACACCACUGAGACCAGCUGGAAAGAACAAAGCGGAGGGCCUCUGGACAAUAACCAACCAAACGGCAAGAUCACUGCCCCUUUCUGGAAUGCUGCAACUAGGGGAACACCACACCACUGCCUAUGAGUGCCCAGGAUGAUCUGUGUACAUAAGACGCUAAGAAGUUGUCCUCUGACCAGUCUGCAAUUCAAGACCACCAUAUGCCUGUAAACCAAAGGCCUCUGGGCCUUCUUAUGCCCAUAACCAAAAGGAGUAAUUUACAGUCCUCUGUCUAACCAGCGACAUCAGCUGUGGAAUGCUGUCUGAAUCUCCAAAAGCAGCCAACUGACUGCUUACCUCUAGGAACGCUGUCCUCUGAUAACAAGGGACCUCUAGGAACUCUGGAAUGUUUGGUGCUGGCCAGGGAAAUCCUAGCUUUCCUCUUGGUUUAGAGCCCUUAAAAGACUGCCAUCAAAGAACAACCUGAAAUGCUAUUAGCUUCAACACACACCUGUACAGUCCACAGAAAUUCAGGCCUUUCUGGAUAACCUGUAGCCAGCCAGCUCUCAAGGGAUUGCAGACUACUAGGUAGAAAAAGCUAGCUGGUCCUUAUGUACUUGCAAGUCUUGUGCAUACCUACACCUGGAGAUCUCUUGAGAUAUUAGUAUUAUGCUGGUUGCCAGAAAGCCCCAACCAUUGUACUGAAUUGUCCCUGUAGGCAGAAACUUCAAAGCCUCUGCUCUCCUGGAACUACCAAUGACACAAGGGAUUGUUCAGAGACAAUCAGAGGUUUCUGAGGUUUUCCAACAUCUGUAACAUGAGUGUGCAUUUAAGCUUAGGUAUAGCUCUAUUACAUAUCCAGAAACAUUAGGUGUUGGCCCUGGAGCGUAUCUCAAAUUUCUCUGUUUCGGCAAACAGAAGUGCAGUGAAUCCAGAGACGUUCAAGACAUCUAGAGACGCUUCGGUUUGUUUGCAGGUCCUUACGUGUGUGCAACUAAGAAAACCCAGACCUUGGGCUAGCCGUAGUGUUAGAGCUGUGGGUGGAGACCUCAGGACCAAGGAAAGAGGAACAUUGCCAGAUGUCUGGCUCUGAGGAAAGAGAUUUGAGGAGCUGAAUUUGGUUCGGGGAGCAGCGCCAUGUAGAGGCGCCCCAGAAGGGGGAGCGGAGAUGCACGCAGGGACUCGUGGGUAACUGGAGCCCGAUCGACCGGGGAGCAACGUUACAUGAAUGUCCAACGGAGGCAGGUUCGAGUUUGACGAUGGCGGCUGCUAUGUGGGUGACUGGGAGGAGGGCCGGGCACACGGCUACGGUGUCUGCACAGGCCCUGGAGCCCAGGGGGAAUACAGUGGGCGCUGGAGCCGUGGCUUUGAGUCCCUGGGCGUCUACACCUGGCCCAGCGGGAACACCUACCAAGGCCACUGGAAUCAAGGCAAGCGCAGCGGACUGGGAGUGGAACGCAAGAGCAAGUGGAGCUACAAGGGGGAGUGGAACCACGGGCUGAAGGGGCGUUCGGGUGUCUGGGAAAGCCAUUCCGGAGUCAUCUAUGAAGGCAUGUGGCGCGAUGGCCUGCAGGAUGGAUAUGGCAUGGAGACAUACGCUGACGGAGGUACCUACCAGGGCCAAUGGCAGUCUGGAAAGCGCCACGGCUACGGCGUCCGCCAAAGCGUCCCUUACCGUCAAGCUGCCCUGGUGCGUUCCCCACGCCGGACCUCUCUGGAAUCGCUCCCCAGUGAGACUGACCCAAAUGGCCCUUCUCUGCCCCUGCCUCCUCCCCCCAUGGCCCCUCCACCACUCCCUGGGGACAGCCCAGCUUCGGGAUCCAGGGGUGGUUUUGUUUUGGCCUUUCCUGGUGACCCAGACUUCCCCAAGGGAGCUAAGAAGAAAACCGGGGGCUUCUUUCGCCGUUCCCUCCUGCUCAGUGGACUGAGGGUGCGGAGGGCUGAAUCCAAGGCCUCCCUGGGGAGCAAGCGAGGGUCCCUCAAGAGCGAGGCAGGGGUAAGUUCAGCUGGAAGCGAGGCCACCACGCUCAGCUAUGCUGAAACAGAGCCUCCUGAGCUGCCUUCAACAUUGACCAUCGAGGGCUCAUCCACCGAGGUCUACGCUGGAGAAUGGCGGGCUGACCGACGCAGCGGCUACGGCGUGAGUCGCCGCUCCAAUGGCCUGAGGUACGAGGGCGAGUGGCUGGGUAAUCGGCGGCACGGCUAUGGGCGGACCACCUACCCCGAUGGCUCCAAAGAAGAGGGGAAGUACAAGCUCAACCGGUUGGUGAGCGGGAAAGUGAAGAACUUGAUUCCCCUUCGCCGGAGCAAGGUCAAGGAGAAAGUCGACCGGGCCGUGGAAGUGGCCAGGAGAGCGGUCAGCAUGGCCCGGCAGAAGCAGGAGUUGGCUAUCACCAGGGCUGCAGAUGCUCGUCUGAAGGCCGCGGCGGCGCUUAGUGCAGCUGAGAAGGCCCUGGAAGCCGGCCGCCUGGCCAAAAUUUUGGCCCAAGAACUGCAGCCCAUCCUAGCCGAACCAGAGUCACGUGGCCAGUUAGAUUCUGAAGGCACGGACACUGACUACCAGGAGUAUGACAGCCCCCGGGUCUACGAGAAUGGCAUCACCCCUUCAGACGUUACCCCAGACCCGAGCCUUCCGCCCAGUUACCCUCCUACGCCACUACAGCCCUGGCGAGGGGACCCUCGACGGACUUGGCCCCCCUUAGAGAACGGGGGUCCCCGCCAGCUCCUCCCAGAGGCCUCCGAUCCCGAAGACGAGUGGGGCUGCCGGGGCAGCUUCCCUUCUCGAACACCCGGGUUUGCCCCCGAGGGGUUGUGGGAGAGGGAGGAGGAGCAGGAGCAGCUGGCCAGCUAUGGUGCGGAAGAAGAAGACUAUGGGAGGGUCCCCCGGCACCCCCAGAAUCUGGGCAGUCCUGCCAGCGGCAGCUCCGGCAGCCUCCGAGAGGAGGAGGAAGAAGAGGAGGAGGAGGAGGAGGAAGAAGGGGCGGUUUCUGGACCUUUCCCUGGGGAGACCCAGGUGGAACCGGCAAUGGUGGGAGUUCCUGGGGCCCCUGAAUUGGAGACGCAGGAACUGCCUGGGAGUGCAGGGCCCUCGGUAGCAGAGAAAGAGGAGGCCUUUGGGGAUGUGCAGAGAAGGGAGAGACAGGGAGCCCAUCCUUUGGUCGUUGCUGCUGUCUUGUUGGUUGAUGUGAGUCUGGCCUACCUGUUCUCGCUUCUCCUCACUUGAGAUGGGUGGGGGCAGGGGGCACUUUGGACCCUCUCUCCUCCCCUCCCCACGAUGACGGCGACGGUUUGGUAACAGACUCUUCUCCAUCCUCCUGCCUUUCGACCUGCCCUCCUUUCUCUUUUUCACAUAUCUUUUACCCACCCGCCUCCCUUGCUGCCUCCUAACCCCUUUGACCCUUUCUAGAUUGUUUACAUACGAAGGGCUCUCUUUCUACUGGAGAUUUUUCUGUUUUUUCUUGCUGUCUCUCCAAAACUAUGACCACCUCCUCCUCCACCUGUCUCGCCUUUUCCCCGUCUUUUCAUCCAGCCCCAUCCAUCUUUCUUAACCCACAUUUUGCAACUGGGGCAAUUUUUACAAAAUCUGUCUGUCUUAUACUUUUGGGAGAGAAUCAUCAUACGACUUAGACUGAGCUCUAGUAGGGAUGUGUUAGAGCCUCAACAGGUGUUAAAAUGUUGACAGGGGGCAUUGACUGCUACGGAGUCCUGAUCCGCCUGCCUACCGUGAAUUUCCACAUCAGUCUAUCCUUGUUUCUUAGUCUUUUUUCCUCUGUGUUUCAACCUUAGGAGGUUUAUUGGGUUGAGGAGAAAGAAAUCAACCAAGCUCUCCUCCAUUCCUGUACAGUGGUCCCUCCACAUUUUCUGGGGUUUAGGGGUGAAGGACCCUCAUGAAUGUGGAAAAACUGCAAAUAGAGAACACUGUUCUUUUUACCUGAGAGAACACCUCUCUAGGACCCUUAUCAC